AUGGAAGACGAUAGCGGGCACCUGAACAGCCUGGCCCGUGCUUGUCUUGUCAGCUUGCAGGCUGAAGCUCCAGUGCGCGUUCCCCGUCGCCGUCAGUUCAAGCUCCAACUGCCCUGUCCCGCCAUAGGUAACGACGAGAACCGUGCAAGCCAACGCAACUUGAAGCUUGCCAGAACAACAGCAUAUCAUCCAUCACUCACAAAACAAUCAGCCAAAAUGGAGGUUUUACUAGGCAUCACGGGCAAGGACUUUACCAUCAUUGCGGCGUCCAAGGCCGCUAUGCGGGGAGCGACCAUCCUGAAGGCAUCUGACGACAAGACAAGGUCGCUGAACAAGCACACACUGAUGGCAUUCUCCGGUGAAGCUGGCGACACAGUACAGUUCGCCGAGUACACCCAAGCCAACGCCCAGCUCUACUCCAUGCGCAACGGGACCGACCUUUCCCCUUCUGCCCUUGCCAACUUUGUCCGCGGCGAGCUUGCGACGAGCUUGCGCUCCCGGAAACCCUACAACGUGAACCUCCUUCUCGGAGGUGUCGACCCUAUCACCCACAAGCCCAGCCUCUACUGGCUCGACUACCUUGCGUCGUUGGCGAAGGUCCCCUAUGCCGCCCACGGCUACGCACAAUACUACUGCCUCUCGAUUCUCGACAAGCACCACCACCCAGACAUCACCCUCCACCAGGGCAUCAAGCUUCUCAACCUGUGCACCGACGAGCUCAAGAGGAGGUUACCCAUAGACUUCAAGGGCAUGACGGUCAAGGCGGUAACGAAGGACGGCAUUAUCGAUAUCGAGUUCGACGACGACAAGGUGGUUAAGAUGGCUUAA